AAAUUACUGAUCAAUUCUCUUGUUAAAUAAAUAAAAGUUUUUGUAAGAAAUAGCGAACCAUGCUAUUGCUAAAAACGCUGCUGAUUGGUCGCAUGGCAGUCGACAGUGUGGUGCUAUGGGGCCGUAUUAACUCGUACAAGUAAACGUGUCGGCUGAUUACUCGUCUGUAACUACUGGCGUCAGUGAUUGGCUUCGGUGAAAUUCCCGUCAGUGAUUGGCGUCAGAGAAAAACCCGUCAGUGAUUGGCGGAUUGCUGGAAAAGGUAUAAACAUUUUUGACAGUACGCUUGAGUGGCCAGUUGCCUAUCGGCUGGAUUUCAUUCGUCCCUCAGACCUCGUACUGAGGGCAACGCGCAUUCCAGGCCACACUUGAUUACGAAGUGAGGUGUCGAGUAACUCUGGUGUAGAAACUCAUUGUACGUGAAAAUACUGCAAUUCAAACGAACUUUAGCCGUUUUCAACCAGCAAAAGACUGUCAAGAUGAAGUUAAUCCCGCUUCCUCUAGCCUGGCACGCUGUGCUUACGCUCGUACUGUUCAUGGCGCUGUCACCGCUGCUCGCUCUCACCGUCUCCGCCGCAGCCCCGAAAGUGAAAAUCAUACCUUCCGGAGUCAAGAGCAUCUCUGGGUGUCGUGCGAAGCCUGUCUCUGUUGUCUUCAAUAGCAUCGUGAGCCGCGCAGCCAACGGCUCAGCAGUGGCAUUUAAACUGCAUCGUUUGACCAGCGAUCAAAAGUCGCUGGCAGUCGUUAAAAGCGAAGGCGUGAAGGCUUCAAGCAUUGCCGACUGCGCCCGAGCAGCGACUGCCACAAGUGAUGCGUUCGAAUAUGCAGACGGGACUUGUUCAUUGCUCAAAUUGAGGCCGCUUAGCUGUACGGUCGCCGGGGACAACUACGUCUACGUCAGGGAGGGCUUCGUCGGGGACGGUAUUGUUAUGCUACCUGAAAAUAUCACGCUGGAGGCCAACGGCUUGACUUACAAAGUGAUGUAUCUGAAGCCAAUAUAUCAGGCAUGGAUAGACGACGAGACAACCAUAUUGGAAGGUUUAUAUCCAACUGGAGAAGACAUUGCUCUCUAUUUAACGGACGGAACAGUUAAAACCGGGGCGACCUCACAUCUGGACUUGGAGCGAUGCAAGUCCAACGACCCGCGUGGGAUGAAGGCUAUCAUGCUUCAGAGUUCAUAUGAAACUAAAGAUAAAUUCUUUUUCAUAAACAGCAUGUGCGGAAUGACCAACGUUUUCAUCGCACUGGGCGACGUCUUGUUGUCGCAUGAAGGGUUCGGAUGCACGCCGUUCCCGGCAAUGACGUCGGAAUGCGUCGUGACAUUUGAGGUUCCUCUCGAUGUUGGGUUGGAUGGUGUGCCGUAUGACUUCGUUAGUGAGACGGGCGAUUGUGGCGGCCUCAGUGUAACUGUCACCCAGUAUACGGAUGGAGGAAAUUAUACAUAUGGCAUGUGCACUGAAACGGGACUGAGCGUACACUUCUACUCCGGCCGAAUUGCACCGUCAGAACUUAGGAUCUCUGGAAGGGCCACAUCAGAUCGACAGAGAACAGGAUUUGCCAUAAAAACCGUCGAGACCAGUGGUUAAAAAAGCUCCAACUGCAACAUCAGAGGAUCGGAUGUGCCAUCAUGCAGGAUCAUUCUAAAGCCAAGGUUAAAAUAAAUCUAGAUGACAUGAGAUAGAAAUUUGAAUAUUCACCACCGCAAACUGUCCAGAAGACCAGUUUCCUUGAACAAGUUGAUUCCACGGAAGUAGUUUAGGCAAAUUUAUAAGUAAUUAAGUAAAUUGAUUUGUUGAAAAGCACCAAUGUCCAUCUGCAGUAAUCACUAAUCAAAGGCUUGAAUGUGAAACGUGAAUAGAAAUACCGCAGCAGGUAUUGAAAAAAAGGUAUCCCAC